CCGGAAGGGCUCGCCUCUGACCGAACACAGACUGAAGGGAAGCUGUUCGACACCGGUUUUGCCUCCAACCAUGGCAAAAAUCAUCCUGAGGCACCUCAUUGAGACGCCAGUGCGCUACCAGGAGGAGUUUGAAGCUCGAGGCUUGGAAGACUGCAGGCUGGACCACGCUUUGUAUGCACUGCCGGGGCCAACUACUGUGGACCUGAGAAAAGCCAGGGAGGCCCAGCUUCCUCCGGUGGACUCAGAGGCCAAGAUGUCGGCCCAAGAAGGCAAAUCCCGCUUCCAGAUCCUGCUGGACGUGGUCCAAUUCCUCCCUGAAGAUAUCAUCAUUCAGACCUUCGAAGGCUGGCUGCUGAUCAAGGCUCAGCACGGAACCAGAAUGGAUGAGCAUGGUUUUAUCUCAAGAAGUUUCACCCGACAGUAUAAACUGCCAGAUGGCAUCGAAACCAAAGAUUUGUCGGCCGUCCUCUGUCACGAUGGAAUUCUGGUGGUGGAAGUAAAGGAGCCAGCUGGGACUCAGUGACAUCUUAUCAAUUCCUGUUCAUACGGCAGGAGGAACAUUAUAGUUCAGCCAACGGUACCAAGGGGAUGUUUGUAUUAACCACAUUUGAAAUGAUUUUUAUAAGAUUGAAAAUAGAAACGUAGUUCCUGGUAUGUUGAGGUUGUGUUUGUUAUUCUUACUCAGAGAGGAAAAUUGUUAAAUGUUUCUAUAGCUCAAAGGGAUGCUAACCUAACACCUGAAACAUUGACAGUUAGGAGACAAUGUGGAUUCUAGUGAAGAUUCAGACUUAUUUCUUCAUUACUCCAAGAAAUGUCCCAGAAACUGCAUUUGUAAUGCUUGAUGGCAAAAGAGCCAUAUGAAUUUCUUAUCCAUUUUAUGAAAACUUUCUAUAUUGCUAAAAAAAAGUUGUGAUUCCCUUCACUUGACAAGCUUUUCUUUUUCUUUUUUUUUGACAAGCUUUUCAAGGAAUUUUAAUUGAAGUGGAAUCUGUAAAUAUAGAGUCUGAAAGUUGAAAUACAGCACUUAGGAAU